AUGUCGGGCUUUGUCUCCUCUCCCACAGCCCUGCACCCCGCCCUCAGUAAUCCCAAUCCGCUUCCGCCGGCGGCGCCGCCAUUACAACAGCCGUCUUCGUCCUCCGAACGAGUCAUUAAAACGGGCUCGCUUUCCGACCGUCCCAAGAGCUCAAACGCCAUCCAUGAUCGACCGCUCUCUUCGUCCGUCUCGACAUCUGGCCUCAUUACUCAGUCACUGCAUCGCAAUGCUGAAUCGGUAGCAGAGGAGCCUUUAUCUUGUGCCCCAGGUGGUCUUCCCGCUGCUGCGUCUUCAUCAUCGACGAUAAGGAGAAGCUCCCUCUCAAUAACAUCCACUGCCGCCUACCCCGAGCUCUUGCCGCCCCCUCUGUCGCGGCCCUCCAACGCCAACAACACCGCCCAUCACCCUCCCAAGGGCCACCGUCGCGCGCCUUCCCACGAAGUUCCUCGCCAGACUAUUAUGAAAGCAUUGGCUUCGGUUGUUCGUCGAAACAAACCCGAGGCUCUUUCUCUUACAGGCAUGCUAUCCCAACAGGGUAGUGGCGUCGACAACCGACCUGCCACGUCCUCAUCUCAGAAACUGGCCGACGCUCUCAACGAGCUCGCCAACCGUAACCUUACCCCCACUACCGCCCUGCCGUCUCUGCAGUCCCCCUGCUUCUAUCACAACCGUUUCGACGAUGCGGUCAACAUCGACAAGGUCCUCGAGGAGAUCAAGAACGACGAUUGCAUGUCUCACUCGAGGCUAGUGCAGACCGCAACUGGUGUUCGCGAGGUCUCCAAGCAGCUCCAGCGCCGUCCGAUCAAGCGUGCUGUCCGAAAUGUCAUGAUUGUCACUAAAGCCCGCGACAACCAGCUCGUCUACCUUACUCGGGAGCUCGCCUCCUGGCUGCUUCGCACCCCGAGGUACGGUUUCGAUGUUGGUGUCAACGUCUUCGUUGACGCCAAGUUGCGCAACUCUCGUCGCUUCGAUGCCAACGGCAUUGUCGCUGAGAACUCUGCUUUCCGGGACAUGCUCAAGUACUGGACACCCGACCUGUGCUGGAGCCAGCCUGAGAAGUUUGAUCUGGUUCUGACCCUUGGCGGGGACGGAACUGUGCUCUUCACAUCAUGGCUCUUCCAGCGCAUUGUCCCCCCAGUGCUGUCCUUCAGCCUGGGUAGUCUUGGUUUCCUGACGAGCUUCGAGUUUGAAAAGUACAAGCAGCACUUGGACCGCAUUAUGGGAGAGGAGGGCAUGCGCGUGAAUCUCCGCAUGCGCUUCACUUGCACUGUAUACCGAGACGGCACCCUCGGUCAGGAGGCCGAGGAGGGCGAGCAGUUCGAGGUGCUGAACGAGCUCGUCAUCGACCGCGGCCCAUCACCUUACGUCUCGAACCUGGAGCUGUACGGCGACGAUGAACUCCUCACCGUGGUACAGGCUGACGGCUGUAUCUUCUCGACGCCCACAGGAUCCACCGCUUACUCUCUCUCGGCUGGAGGCUCUCUUGUACACCCCGACAUUCCCGCCAUCCUGCUCACGCCCAUCUGCCCGCACACUCUAUCGUUCCGCCCCAUGGUCCUCUCCGACACGAUGCUCCUCCGCGUAUCGGUACCACGCAACUCACGUGCAACGGCCUACUGCGCCUUCGAUGGCAAGGGUCGGGUCGAGCUGAAGCAGGGCGACUACGUAACAAUCACAGCGUCGCAGUACCCAUUUCCCACCGUCGUUCGCACCCAGACGGAGUGGUUCGAUAGCGUGUCCCGCACUCUCCGCUGGAACACACGCGCCGCUACGCAAAAGGGCUUUGACCCCUCGGCUGACGGCAGCCUUUGCCCGUCUGAGGACGGCAAGGAUGAUGACCCGGAGUGGGACAUUGACACGGAUUCGGCGUGCUAUGCAAGCGAGGAUGGCAGCAUCAGCGCGAGCCCGUUGAGAAGACAGAUGAGCCUAUUGGGUAUGUGA